AUGACUUCAUCCGCUCUAACUUCCAACAUUCCCUUCGCCGAUCCAUCAUGGCACAAGGAUACAGCUCACCCAUACUAUAAGGAUUCCCACCGAAAGCUGCAGCGCUUUAUCCGAGAGUACGUCGACAGUGAGGUCACGCCCAAUGCAGGCGAGUGGGAGGUACAAGGAUAUGUACCUGAUGAGGCUUUUCAACGUCACGCCCAGCUGGGCUUCUUGGCCGCUGCAGUGUUCCCACUUCCGAAGGAUUGCAUUGAAGGGCUGACAUUGCCUGCGGGAAUUCCGGCGGAUGAGUGGGACGAGUUUCAUGAUGCUAUUCUCAUCGACGAGAUCGCCCGCUGCGGAUACUUGGGCGUUGUCUGGGGAAUCAAUGGUGGAGCUACCACUGGCGGAGCACCAAUUGCCUCUUAUGGAACAGCAGAACAAAAAAGGAAGUACUUGGCACCGUUGUUGCGAGGACAGCAGAAGCACUGUCUCAUGGUGACGGAGCCGGAUGCUGGCUCUGAUGUGGCUGGUCUUACCACGACGGCCGAAAAGUCCAAGGACGGCAAAAAUUGGGUUAUCAACGGAGAGAAGAAGUGGAUCACCCAGGGCCAGUUGGCUACGCACGCUCUCUGUGCUGCUAGAACUGGCCCCCCGGGUGCUAAGGGAAUCACAGUUUUCAUCUUGGACAUGAAGAUGCCGGGAAUCACUGGAAAGAAGAUGUACAACUCCGGUGUCAGCAGCAGUGGCUCGACGUUCAUCGACCUACAGGACGUUGUGGUUCCAGUCGAGAAUAUCCUCGGCAAGGAAAACCAAGGGUUUGAGAUCAUCAUGUCGACAUUCACCCACGAGCGUUUGUGGGUUGGCAUUACCGCACUACGUCUUGGCCGUGUUGCUUUGGAAGACAGCUACCGACAUGCCCUACGACGCGAGACCUUUGGCAAGAAGCUGUUCGAGAACCAGGCAGUUCGACUCAAGUUCAGCAAAAUGGCGGGUCUUAUUGAACCCGUUCAUUGUUUGAUGGAGGAUAUCGUGCACCGGUCGACACGUACUGCGCCUCUCGCGUUCUCGCCGUGGACUGCGCUGCUUAAAUUCCAGGCUGCACAGAAUCUUGAGAGCAUUUCUCGCGAAGCACAACAGGUCUUUGGCGGAUUGGGAUACUCCAGGGGUGGUCUUGGUGGGAGGGUUGAGCAGAUUAGUCGAGAUGUGCGUGUGCUGGUUGUGUCAGGAGGAAGUGAGGAGAUUCUCAUGGACAUGAUUGCCAAACAACAGAAGAAACUGGCGAAGCUGUAG